AUGUUGUUCUUCUCAAGAGUGAUGUACAUCACCUUGCUUUUUCUUCUUUAUUCUGAAAGUGCCUUUAUAAGAUCACUAUUUUACAGGAAACGAACACUAUGUUCUAGUUAUAGUCCUAAAGGAUAUUGUACCAGAGAGUAUUAUCCAGUCUGUGGAAACAAUGGCAAAACUUAUGGCAACAAAUGCACUUUUUGUGUUGCACACAGAAACAGCGGUGGUUCCAUUAAGUUUUCACAUUAUGGUAAAUGCUGA